AUGCCAGGCUGGGAAAAUAGCUCGAGGGGUUAUCGUGGUGAUGAUGGACAAAUGUUUUUUAACACUGUUGGCAAACCAAAUGGCCCAAAAUUUAUGACUGGAAUUGCAUUCCGAGAUUUGAAAAAUGCCUUUUAUCCUUGUAUUGGAAUGUUGUCGCCAGGUGGAUCUGUAGGAGCAAACUUUGGGUUCGGGAUAAAUCACUUGGAUAACAUCGCGACCAUUACAAUAACGUUAGUUACAAGGCGUUCAAUUGGUAUUGGAGCUUACUUAGUAAGGUUGAGACAGCGUACAAUUCAAAAUGAGAGUACUGCACAAAAUGAUUUGAAGGAUUCUUUGGAAGUGAUUUUAGUUAUAUGCCUCCCAAAGGGCUUUACGAUCCAUGAUGGUGUGGGCAAAUAUGAGAUUGAGAGAAAUCCCAACAGUUGGGUUAGUGGAUUCUUUGAUAAAGGUUCCUUUGCUGAAACUUUAAGUAUAUGGGCGAAGUUGGACGAGCAUGUCUUGAUUCUCAUCAGAGUUGAUGAUGGAAAGCCGGACAGGAUUUUUGUUAAUUGGCGUGGAUUUUCAGGUGGUCAAAGGGACAUGUUUAAAGAGAUUCUAAAAUAUGUUUCUUAUAUCGUGGAUCAAUUACCAACUACAAGCAGCCUAGCUGGUGUACUUGAACCCGAAGGGAUUGUAGAAAUCAAAUUGAGAAAGCCACAAUUUCUCGCAACAAUAGAAAUAGAUUAA